CACACACACACACACACACACACACACACACACACACACACACACACUCAGACAUGAUCCCGAUGGGUCGUACUUUGUGUCUUCCUUCUCCAGCCACUGUCCAGGAGCUGUUUUCUGUGGCUCGAGACGCCAGCAUCCUCCCUGACGUCUCCCUGGAUCCCGUCCUCACCACCUUCCUCUCGCUCGACUCCUCAGCCGCUCUGCAGCACCAAUACGCCUCCUUACAGCGGGGCAUGAGCGGGGAGCAGCAGGCUGCGUUCGGCCUCAACUUGACGGGAGAGCUGGGGGGCAGCGGCAGGGUCCCCUGUGGAGGAGUCGGGGUUGUUGCUCUGGCUCUGUCUGUGCUUUUUGAGCAGGUUGCUCAUCAAGUCCGAGCCCAGAGCUCCACAGAGGGGGACCCAUCAGCUCAGAGAGCCCGGGCUAAGAGGAUUUUUGGUAUCAGCAGUUUGUCACGAAUCGGCUGGAUCAUCCACAGCUACCUCCGCCAGAUCCCCGGCGUUGCCAACAACCAGGAGAGCGUGGCCGAGGCCACGGAGCUCCACGACAACUGGCUGAAGCUUGAGCUGCUGGACCAUUACGAGAGGAUGACCACGAAGAAGAGGAUGAGUUCAGAGUCCAUGCAGCAGUGGUUGGCAGGAGCUGCGUUCCACCUGCACAUGAGGAUUCACCAGGUUCGUCUGCGUUCUGUGCCUCUUGGAUCAGCCGAGUCGCUGCGUCUGUCUUAUAGGACGGCGUUCGGUCGCCUGGUCCAGGGCUACACAGCCUACCUGCACAGAACCAUCCAGGAGACUCCAGGAGCCCAAAGACCCAGAAGCAGGACAGCCGCUGGACUGGGACAAACAAACACAUUCAGCAGAACCAAUACGACCUGUUUGACCAAUCCCAUUUUUAAUGACAGCUUGGGUAAUAUCUCUACCGAUACUGCCACACACAAUUCAACUGCUGAUACCAACAGAAGUUGUAAAACAGACGUAUCCAGUGAAAACUUUGGACGCAAUGUGUCAGACAACAACGUGUCUGGAUAUAGCAGCGAUGAGGGCGCUCAGGGUCUGUUGGUGAUUGAGCCGUGCAGGAAUGUGAGUCAUCAUGUGCAGCAUCACCCCUGUGAGUCUCCGGCCAUACAACAAGCUUUGGUGACGCGGAUUAUUAACGCUCAGGACCUGGAGCGCAACAGAAACUUUUUCCAGUUCCCUGAGAAAGUUCUCCGUGGCCUGCUCAGGCAGAGGGACGACUUUGAGCUGAAGACAAAUCAGGCAGAAAUGAACAGUGGUGGAGAGUAACUACAGUACAUUUACUCAUGUGCGUUACUUAAGUUCCAAUUUGAGAUACUUGUAUUUGAGUCUUUUCCUCUCAUGCUACUUUCUACUUCUACUCCGCUACAUCUCAGAGGGAAAAUACACUCUCAUAAAUAGCUUUAAUUGCUUGAUGAAUUAAAAUGUUAGAAUGAAAAAUAUAUGAAGAGUUUAUAAAACAUGUUUUUUUUUAAAUAAAUUAAAGAGUUCCUACAAGUCCAGCUGAGACAAUUUCUCGACUGAUAGAAAAUGUAGUGGCAACUACUGAUCCUUUUUUGUCUUUUUCAGUGCAGAGAGGUGACCUGUUUUAUGGUUCCAGCUUCUCAAAUGUGAAGAUUUUGUGAUUUGUCUUUUUAAAUUAUUUUGGUUAAUGUGUUAGUAAUAAUGUUGAGGUUUGGACUGUUAGUUGGACAAAACCAAACAUUGUGAAAGGUGUCACUUUGUGGGUUAUUGUAUG